GAAGGUGCUCUCGCGAGUUCUCUGCAGCGCAAGCAAACGACACCGGAAGUAAGUUGAAGCCUUCCGCCACGAACCCUUCACACCCGCGUGAUCGCCCUCCUACAGGAAAUCUUGUUGCCUCCACUACCACUUCAAGUUCCACACAACCUCCAGCAGCUGUUAGAGAUGAGUGUCACUUG